GAGAGUCCCGGGGCUGCGGCACAGAGCAGCCAAGUGGGCGUCUGGGCCGCAGGCCGGCGCGAGGGUGGAGCCGGGAACCUAGUCCAGCACCCCCGGCCCGCGCCUGGCCUCCAUCGCGGGGCCGGGAGGUGGUUUUAAUGGUGGGAGAAGGAAUGGGGCUAGAGAUUGGGGGCCCAGGGGGCUCCCGCAGCUGAAGAUAACUAGGAUUGCCAGGGGAAGGGGUAGAGAGUUGUGCAUCCCGGCCCGAGCCUCCACCGCCCAACAUGGGCCCCGGGUUCCAAAGUUUGCGAAGUUGGGCGCCUAGGGCCCGCGGCGCGCAGAGCGUCCGGGGGGGCCCGGCACCGGACUCGCGGGGCGCACAGGUCGCCUGAGCUGCCCCCGAGGCCCCAAGGGUUGCGCGUGUGGCCUGGGGGCUCCGGAGAGCGGGCGGGGGCGCCAGGGCUUCUGCUGAGUUGGCGGGUUUGGCCAUGGCCGCUGCCCGCCUCGCACGGGGGCCGGCGCUCCUGCUCCUGGGGCUGUUGCUGCUGCUGCUGCUGCUGGGGGGCCCGGGCCGGGGGGCGGCCUUGAGCGGGAACGCGACCCGGCCUGAGCCGCGGAGCGCGGGCGGGAGCGCGAGAAGGAGCGCGGCCGUAACCGGCCCUCCGCCGCUGCUGAGCCACUGCGGCCGGGCCGCCCCCUGCGAGCCGCUGCGCUACAACGUGUGCCUGGGCUCGGCGCUGCCCUACGGGGCCACCUCCACUCUGCUGGCCGGGGACUCGGACUCCCAGGAGGAAGCGCACAGCAAGCUGGUGCUCUGGUCGGGCCUCCGGAACGCCCCCCGCUGCUGGGCAGUGAUCCAGCCCCUGCUGUGUGCUGUGUACAUGCCAAAGUGUGAGAACAACCGGGUGGAACUGCCCAGCCGCACCCUCUGCCAGGCCACCCGUGGCCCCUGUGCCAUCGUGGAGAGGGAGCGGGGCUGGCCCGACUUCCUGCGCUGCACCCCCGACCACUUCCCCGAGGGCUGCCCGAAUGAGGUGCAGAACAUCAAGUUCAACAGUUCGGGCCAAUGUGAGGCUCCCUUGGUUCGGACUGACAACCCCAAGAGCUGGUAUGAGGACGUGGAGGGCUGCGGGAUCCAGUGCCAGAACCCGCUCUUCACCGAGGCCGAGCACCGGGACAUGCACAGCUACAUCGCGGCCUUCGGGGCCGUCACGGGCCUCUGCACGCUCUUCACCCUGGCCACGUUUGUGGCUGACUGGCGGAAUUCCAAUCGUUACCCUGCUGUCAUUCUCUUCUACGUCAACGCGUGUUUCUUUGUGGGCAGCAUUGGCUGGCUGGCCCAGUUCAUGGACGGUGCCCGCCGGGAGAUCGUCUGCCGUGCUGAUGGCACCAUGAGGCUUGGGGAGCCCACCUCCAACGAGACCCUGUCCUGCGUCAUCAUCUUCGUCAUCGUGUACUAUGCCCUGAUGGCCGGCGUCGUCUGGUUUGUGGUCCUCACCUAUGCCUGGCACACCUCCUUCAAAGCCCUGGGGACCACCUACCAGCCUCUCUCGGGCAAGACCUCCUACUUCCACCUCCUCACCUGGUCGCUCCCCUUUGUCCUCACUGUGGCAAUCCUCGCCGUGGCCCAGGUGGAUGGAGACUCUGUGAGCGGCAUCUGUUUUGUGGGCUAUAAGAACUACCGAUACCGUGCUGGCUUCGUGCUGGCCCCAAUCGGCCUGGUGCUCAUUGUGGGAGGUUACUUCCUCAUCCGAGGAGUCAUGACCCUGUUCUCCAUCAAGAGCAACCACCCUGGGCUGCUGAGCGAGAAGGCAGCCAGCAAGAUCAACGAGACCAUGCUGCGCCUGGGCAUUUUUGGCUUCCUGGCCUUUGGCUUUGUGCUCAUCACCUUCAGCUGCCACUUCUACGACUUCUUCAACCAGGCUGAGUGGGAGCGCAGCUUCCGGGACUACGUGCUGUGCCAGGCCAAUGUGACCAUCGGGCUGCCCACCAAGAAACCCAUCCCCGACUGUGAGAUCAAGAAUCGCCCUAGCCUCCUGGUGGAGAAGAUCAACCUAUUUGCCAUGUUUGGAACCGGCAUUGCCAUGAGCACCUGGGUCUGGACCAAGGCCACGCUGCUCAUCUGGAGGCGCACCUGGUGCAGGUUGACGGGGCAGAGUGACGAUGAGCCCAAACGGAUCAAGAAGAGCAAGAUGAUCGCCAAGGCCUUCUCCAAGCGGCGCGAGCUGCUGCAGAACCCAGGCCAGGAGCUCUCCUUCAGCAUGCACACUGUCUCCCACGACGGGCCUGUGGCGGGUUUGGCCUUUGACCUCAAUGAGCCCUCGGCUGAUGUGUCCUCUGCCUGGGCCCAGCAUGUCACCAAGAUGGUGGCCCGGAGAGGAGCCAUACUGCCCCAGGAUGUGUCUGUCACCCCUGUGGCAACUCCAGUACCCCCGGAGGAAAAAGCCAACCUGUGGCUGGUUGAGGCAGAGAUCUCCCCAGAGCUGGAGAAGCGCCUGGGCCGGAGGAAGAAGCGGAGGAAGAGGAAGAAGGAGGUGUGCCCGCUGGUGUCGCCCCCUGAGCUCCACCACCCCGCCCCGGGCCCUGCCCCUGCCUCCAGUGCUGUCCCUCGACUGCCCCAGCUGCCCCGGCAGAAGUGCCUGGUGGCCGCGGGUGCCUGGGGAGCUGGGGAAUCCUACCGACAGGGAGCCUGGACCCUGGUCUCCAACCCCUUCUGCCCAGAGCCCAGCGCCGCAGCCCCCAUGGCUUGGGCGCAGGGCCGACGGCAGGGGCUGGGGCCCAUUCACUCCCGCACCAACCUGAUGGAGGCAGAACUCAUGGACGCAGACUCGGACUUCUGAGCCUGGAGAGCAGGACCUGGGACAAGAAGGAGGAACAAAUACCAUUCGGAGGCUCUUCUUCCUGCCUGAGAGUGCUUCUCCAGGGUCUCCUCUUCCAAGAACCUGAGGGCCCAGUGCCCUCCCAGGAGAGUUCAGUAUGUCUGGCUCACGGCAGCAGGACUGUGGGAAAGAGCCCUGACAUCUCCACGGACAGGCCUUACCCGGGGCGGGGCCCUGGAGCUCAGGGUCCUUGUUUCUGCCCCACCUGGCUGGCAGCGUCGGUCUCCAGUGGGGGUCAUGGGGUAUGCAAAGCUCGUGGUGGGCACUAAAGGUGCAGGCAGGGGUGACGGUAGUUAGAGUGGGCUGUGGUGACCAGCAAGGCAGGCUGCCCUUUUGGGUGCCAGUGGGUGCCCUUCCCUGGCACUCUCAGACCAAAAGCGUUGCUUGUGUCAUUAGCCCUUUGUCCAUGGGAGGACAGAGCUCCUUUCCCCCUCUUCAGGGUGGUUGCGGGGCUGGGGGUGCAUACUCCCAAAGGGCCUGUAACCUUUCUUUAUAAAGUGUCCAGCUGGCUCCACUCCAGGCCACUAAGCCACCCUGGGUUUUCCUGCACCCUUCUUCCCCUUUCCCAUUUCAGUUCAACCAGGCCAACCUCUUCCCGUUUCCUGUUUGUUGAUUAGGACCCAGCAUCGCAGCAUUGUCUAUCCUGCCCCCAAACCCCACCCCUUUGCUGCUGGGCUCCAUCUCCAGGUGAGAGAUUGGUUCAGCUAUGGAGCCUGGCGUGGCAUAGAAGCAGUGAGUGACGGGGAGCCUCUGGGCCUCCAAGAGAUGCAUGUUAUCUUUUCCUGUAUCUGUCCAGUGGGGGAUGGAUCCUCUGACUUGAGGGGCUCCCCUGGGAAGCUGCUGACACUUCAGCCAGGCAGGAAAGCUUCCUUCAACUUCCACAACCAGUGGGUGAAGAAGUUCUCACCUCUCAUAACCCCCAUCCGAGGCCCCAGUUUCGAGAACCAGACAGCAGGAAGGCUUAGCAGCUGGCUGGGUUCCAGAUCAGGGGGUAGGGAUAGGGAGACAAAAUAUAAACAGUAAAUAAAAGGUUUUUGUAUAAAUUCUUGAUGUGCUUCUUUCCAUAGGCCCCGUCUUGACCUGUUUACCUGGUGCUGAUCUAAUUUGUCUUCCACUUCCUCUGAAAGCUAUUCUGAAAGGCCAAGAGCUUGGUGCUAAUGAGGUCACAGCUGACAGAUGUCAGGCUGAUGUCAGCUUAAUGUGCUGGCUGUCCUUCCUGGCCAGUUGGUUCUAUAUAAGGACAAAAGCUCUGGCCACAGCUGCCUCACUGGGCAUUGAUCAUAAGACGAAUGAGCAAGAAUGUGCAGCUUGUCCCUGGAGUGAUGAUUGGAAGCAAGUGUCCCCCUGCUGGGGAGUGUCGAUGGGCAUGGCUCCUCAUGGCAAUCCUGGGCCUCCCUCUGGGGACCUCUUGCCUCAACAAGGGAUGUCUGUGGGACCAGGUGCAUUUGGAUCCACAGAUUCCUCCUUUGGGCCGUCAAAGGAAUCCGGCUUCCCUGAGAGAAGGCUGCUAGCCUCACUUCCUCCAAAAAGAUGUCAGUAGAAAACCGGAAACGAGGCUCAGGAUCCUGUGGAAAGGAGAUCUGUGUAGGAAAGGGGAUGGUACCCACAGACAACUCAGAGGGUAUUGUGGAGUAUUAACCAUGCUUGUUUGGGGGUGUAGCUCAAGUGAUGGGGACACAAGCAAUUUGCCCAGAGCCAAAUUCCAGGGGAAGAGGAAAGGGAACUAACACUGAUCAUCUUCUAGGUACUUUACAUGUGUAUAAUGGUAAUAAUAAUGGCGAAUUCUUAUUCAAUGCUUGCUAGCUCUCUUCUAAGCACUUCAUAUACCUAAGUAUAUGAAGUGCAUAAGGUAUAUACAUAUACCUAAGUAUAUUAUACCUUAGCACAACAGACCUAAGAGGCACUGUUAACACCCCCAAGAUACUGAGGCACAGAAUGGUUCAAUAGUUUGCCCAAGUGACUUCCCUGGUGGCACAAUGGUUAAGAAUCCGCCUGCCAAUGCAGGGGACACAGUUUCGAGCCCUGGUCCGGGAAGAUCCCACAUGCCGCGGAGCAACUAAGCCCGUGUGCCACAACUACUGAGCCUGUGCUCUAGAGCCCGUGAGCCACAACUACUGAGCCCAUGUGCCACAGCUACUGAAGCCCGCGCGCCUAGAGCCUCUGCUCCGCAACAAGAGAAGCCACCGCAAUGAGAAGCCUGCGCACCGUAAUGCAGAGUAGCCCCCACUCGCCGCAACUAGAGAAAGCCCGCGUGUAGCAACGAAGACCCAACGCAGCCAAACAUAAAUAAAACAAAAAUAAAUAAAUUUUUUUAAAAAACCUACAAAAAAAAUAGUUUGCCUGAGGCCACAGAGUAAGUGAUAAUACUGGGAUUCCACCAGAGCCAUCUGGCUCCAGAGUGACCUGGCUCUUGGCCACUGCAGUCUACUGCCUCUUGUUUAAUUUAGAAGGAUCAGAGGAACUAGUUUUCUGUAGCAACAAACUCAGUGAGGCAAAAUGACUUGCCCACGACCUCAGAGCUAGUAAGUGACAGACUCUGAGUCCAGGGCCUUCCUGACUCUGCAGUCCAGACUCUUUCCACUCUCAGUUCUGACCUUUGGUUUUUCCUCCUAUCCAGGUUUCCCCUGCUGUGUUCCCUCUGGCCACCCUGUAUCCCCUUGUGCUUGCUCAUCUUGCUCGUUCCUGACAUCACUGCUCCUCUCAACAGUAGUACAGCUAAUUUUUUUCUUUUAAAAUGGAAGUAUAGUUGAUUUACAAUGUUGUGUUAGUUUCAGGUGUACAGCAAAGUGAUUCAGUUGUAUAUAUAUAUAUUUCUCUUUCAGAUUCUUGUCCAUUAUAGGUUAUUACAAGAUAUUGAAUAUAGAUCCCUGUGCUAUACAGUAGGUCCUUGUUGUUUAUUCUGUAUAUGGUAGUGUGUAUCUGUUAAUCCCAAACUCUUAAUAUAUCCCUCCCCCGCCUUUCCCCUUUGGUAACCGUAAGUUUGUUUGUCUGUGAGUCUAUUUCUGUUUUGUAUAUAAGUUCAUUUGUAUCAUUUUUUUAAGAUUCCACAUAUAAGUGAUAUCUUUUGAUAUUUGUCUUUCUCUGUCUUACUUCACUUAGUAUGAUAAUCUCUAGGUCCAUCCAUGUAGCUGCAAAUGGCAUUAUUUCAUUCUUUUUGAUGGCUGAGUAAUAGUCCAUAGUGUGUGUGUAUAUAUAUAUAUACCACAUCCUCUUUAUCCAUUCAUCUGUCGAUGGACA